AUGGUCCAAAAACCAUUUCCAAGCAACCGAGACAAGCGCAGCUACGAUACGUUUGAGCUACUUCAUCUGGACAUCUGCGGGCCCAUGGAAAAGGAUUCGCUCGGUGGCAGCAAAUAUUUGCUGCUGAUCAUCGACGAAGCCAGUGGAUGCAUGAAGGGCUUUUGUCUACGAGUGAAGUCCGAGAGUGAAGACUACAUCCGGAAAUAUAUCACCAUGGUACAGACGCAAUUCUGUAAGAAGGUCAAGUUCGUGCGACACGACGGAGCUCGCGAGUUUGCAACCAACUCGCUUCAACUGUUCUACGAAGACGAAGGCAUUGAACAGCAGACAACGGUGCCGUAUGCACAUCAAACAAACGGAACAGCAGAGCGUGCCAUUAGGACUAUUGUCACGAUCGGCCGCAGCAUGCUUCAUCAUGCCAAACUGGACAAGUGUUUCUGGGCCGAAGCAGCGAUGACGGCCAUCUACGUCAAGAAUCGACUGCCGUCACCUAAAGUCGUGCACAAGACCCCGUUUGAGAUCGUCUACAACUUGAAACCAAGCGUCAAGCACAUGCGAACAUUCGGGUGUCAGACAUACAUACUGACGCCUAAAGAGAAUCGACUCAAGUGGGAUCCAAAGGCUCGCGCUGGCAUAUUCGUGGGCUACGAAGAAGUUUCGAAGGCAUAUCGUGUUUAUGACAUCGAGGCGGGGCAGGUGGUUAUCAGCCGCGAUGUCAACUUCGACGAGUCCACCUUUGGACUUCAACUGCCGAUCACUGAUGAAGAUGUCGAUGACCUGGACUUCGAAUUGCUGGAUCUUGAUGACGAAGAGCUGCGUCAAAUGGAGUACAAGCAAACAGGCAAGCGCAAGAACCGACUCAAUGAUGAAGAUACAGCAGCUCCACGACCGCGUGCAGUGCGUCAACGACCAGGACUAGAAGAGUCAAGCGCGCCGGAAAACAACUCGUCACGACAAGAAGAAGACGAAGAAACGAAGGAUUCUGGUGAUUCAACACCGCCUGUGUUUUGGCGUGCGAGUGCAAAUGCCGUUGAAGCAGCAGUGGACUUAUCAGAACCCUCAACAUUUGAAGCAGCAGUAAGCGGCCCUGACCAAGUGCACUGGAGAAAAGCAAUUCAUGCAGAGCUCGAGUCAAUGCGACUUCGCGGUGUGUUUCGUGCAGCCAAGCUGCCCAACGGACAACGCGCCAUUGGCACAAAAUGGGUGUUCAAGAUCAAGCGCAAGGCGGAUGGGUCAAUCGAGAAGUACAAGGCACGACUUGUGGCCAAGGGUUUCCGCCAAAAGUAUGGCAUCGACUACACGGAGACGUUUUCGCCUGUGGUCAAGUAUGUGACGCUGCGAAUGGUGAUCGCAAUUUCCAAGCAUUUUGGAUGGCCCAUCGACCAGCUUGAUGUGGUGACAGCUUUCCUGUAUGGCGUCAUGAAGGAACAAGUGUUCUGCGUGAUUCCUGAAGGCGUCGAACUUGACAGUACGUUCGACUGCCUGGAAUUGGUGAGGUCAAUUUACGGCCUCAAGCAAGCGUCGCGAGUGUGGAACGAGACGUUCGACGAGUAUGUGUGCUCCAUCGGAUUUCAAGUAUCGGACUUCGACCCAUGUUGUUGA